AUGGCUUCUUCCUCUUCCUCUGUCGGUACUGCCUCUAACUUGGUCUCUAACGGUAACGUUAAAGCCAGUAGCGUGACUUCGUCCGCUGCUUCUUCUAUGAAAUCCGGUGCUUCUUCUGCUAAGUCGUCGAUUUCGUCCGCUGCGUCGUCUGUCAAAUCGUCUGUCACUUCUGGUGCCUCUUCCGGCAGCUCCAAGGCUUCCAGCUCCAAGGCCUCGAGCUCUUCGUCCAGCGGUGCUGUUCCAAACUCCGUGGCCAACCCAGUGUCGUGGAAAUUCGGUGCUCUUUUGGGUGCCACCAUGCUUGGCUCUUUCGUCCUAGGCGCUGGCUUGUAA